AUGUCUGAAGAGACUCAUCCAACUCUAACAAUCAAAGAUCUGACAGAGAGUGAUAAAAAGUUUUACUGCUACCUGCAGGUGAAGGUGAUUCCUGCCACAGAGGGACAGACAGUAUCACUGAUUUGCAACACCAGCUGUCCUCUGACUGAAAACCCUGCAGCCUACAUCUGGUACAAGAACAGAGAGUUUCUCUAUCAGGACUGGUCUCCCUGGUACCAACAGCUGGUCAGCAGUGAGGAAGCAGUCAGAUACUCCUGUGCUGUCAAAGGCUACGAGCAUCUCAGAGCUCCUGAAGUCUCAGUGGAAGUAAGCCUUCAAAGUACUCCUGCAUAUGGGGACUACGCUACACUGACCUGUAACACCAGCUGUCCACUGGCUGACAAAAAAACUGCCUACAGGUGGUACAAGAACAUAAACGUAAUGAAAGUUGAGAAGAAACAGCAGCUUUCAGUUUCCCGCUACUCUCCUGAUAUCUUCUCCUGUGCUGUCAAAGAUCACGAGGAUCUGCACUCUGCUGAAGUCUGCUUGGAGGUUAAGUUGCAUCCUGCUGUGGUGACAGAGGGCCAGAGAGUCACACUGACCUGCAGUACCAGCUGUCCUCUGACUGACAACACAAACUACAUUUGGUACCUGAACAGUCAACGUCUGACGGAGCCAGAGAGCCAAAACAAACACCUGCUUCUAGACCCAGUCACCAUUCAACAUGCAGGAAACUACUCCUGUGCUGUCAAAACCCACCAAAACAUCAUCUCUGGUGAAAAGACUCUAACUGUCCAAAGUAUUACAGGAACAUCAACAGCAGCAGCUGCAGGAGUUGUUGCUGCUCUCCUGGAGAAAGAGGUCCUCCAGACAUUCUCCUAG